AUGUAUGAAGAACGCGUCAUAAUGCCAUUGUUUUUAUCGAACAGUGCAAAUUUGAACACUAAUGCAUUAGCGAAUAAAUUUCAUCAUCUUGAUCGAAUAGAAAAAGAACGAUGUCGUCAAGCAACCAAGAAUUCCAAUGAUCCAUUCAGUAUGUCAAUUGCAAUCAAUAGAGCAUCAAUUAACUAUAAUAGGUAUAGUGACAUUAUACCGUUUAAUUACAAUAGGAUAAAGUUAUUGCAACAAAGACCAAAUAAGACGGACUAUAUUAACGCAAGUUAUAUUGAAGCGCCAAAUAAUGUUAGAAGGUAUAUCGCAACUCAAGGACCAUUGAAAGAGACCAUUGAAGAUUUUUGGUUAAUGAUUUGGGAAAAGGAAACUCAUAUAAUCGUAAUGUUAACAAAUCAAAUUGAGAGAGGAGAAAUUAAAUGUGAAACCUAUUGGCCUAAAGAAAUUGGAAAUUAUACGAUGUUUAAAGACAUUGGAUUAAAAGUUACAUUGGAAUCCGAGAUAUUGGAUUCAAAAGCAACUUGUUAUGAAAGGACUUUUAAACUUGAAAAAUUACGAGGAAGAGACAUAAUCACAGAAUCAAGACAGAUCACUCAAUUACAAACCAUUGCAUGGCCGGAUCACGGAGUUCCUGAUUCACCUGAUCCUAUUAAUAAUUUAAUUAUUAAGAUGAACGAGCGUAUGCAACAUUGUAAUCGAAAUUCUGGGCCCAUCGUGGUACAUUGCAGCGCAGGAUGUGGUAGAACUGGUACUUUUUGCACGGUAGAUUCUACUUUGGCUCUAUUGCCUGGUUUACAACAGAAUGAUUCUACCGAUUUGAUUUUUAACGUUGUUCAACACUUUAGACAACAACGUAUUUCGAUGGUACAAAAUUUGGCUCAAUAUCAAUUUUGUUAUUUGACUGUCCUUAGUAAACUUGUAUCGGAUUAUGAACGUCCUCAAUCAUCAGAUCCUCUCCAAUCUGAUCCUCCCUCAUCCUUUUCUCCUGUCUACUGUGCACAUGAUAAUCCACCUCCUGUAUCACCAAAUCAACCUGGCUUGCGUUGUAAAAAACGUGCAUGGACCAAAGAGGAAGACCACGCUUUACUUGAUUCAAUCAUUGUUGAAUUAUCAGGCCGUUGGUCCUCAAUUUGUUCUCGAAAUGAAUUACUGAUUCAACGCGGGCCUAGCAUGGCGUCACAAAGAUUUAAAAGCUCGAUUAAACAUAAGCUGUUGAGUGGAGAAAAUUCCAAAAGGCCACGAUUAAAGGAUGACGAAGAAUAA